AUGCUGGCAGAAGAGGAUACACCAGCUCCUACUUCUCCUCCUGCUCCUACUUCUAUCCCCCCUGGGCCUGCCCCUCCUGUAAUAUCCCGAUCAGAGGGCCUACGACCAAGUCGAGUGUUUAUAGGAAACCGAGCUUACGUUGAUUUCUACAAUCGGUUCGUAGAGGAAACAUUCACCUAUUCCAAUUCAUACACCACAUCCCACUUGCGUGACUCGAUAAUCGCACACAAUGGGCAAGUCUACUACCGAAGCGAAGAAGGAACAAUAACUGAACACGAAACGCCAGGAACGUUUUGGUCCUGGCAGGAGAAAGAGCGCUUCUUUGAUGCCUUGAGCAAAUGCAGUAUCCAUCGGGCCGACUUGAUCCAAGAACGGGUAAAGACAAAGUCCAUAUUGGAGAUCAUGAAUUACUAUACACAUUUGAAGAAGCUGACAGAAGCAUUGAAGAACCGGAAGCUGACGGUGGUCAAUCGGUUCGGACUCAAGCGGAAUUGGAGCACCAAGUUAUUGACAUACCACGAAAUGCCCAUUGCAUACGAGAUAUCGCCUUACUUUAUCAAUUUUGAGGAAUUACAAACUGAACUGAUUGGAUAUCGAGAGAGAACAUUCGAAUUGGCAAAAGCCACAAAGUUGAAAUCGAGUUUUGCAAUAUAUGAAGACUUGUCCUUGAUCAACCUUGACAAUUUCAAGAAGUUGUUUUCAUUAAACCUUGGGUUUCCUGCAUUGAUACUAAUCGAAGAAUUGAUCCGUCUAUUAACUAAAAGAAUCAUCUUGAAAGUUAUAUCCACCCAUUCAAAUUCAAUCAGAAAAUUCGAUAUAGAUCAAGCAAUUGCAUCACUCAAUUAUAACGAUCCGGAUUCGCUAUUCAACUAUAGAAACAUGUGGAUUGAAGUUUCCAAUUUACAAAAGGAGAAACGGAACUUGUACGAACCAACACUAUAUCUUGAUCCCACAUUCACCAUCCCCCAGAAACAUCAAGGAGAAAACCCAAAGGGAAUAAUGCAUAUCAAUUCAUUGAGGAAAGGCAAUAUCGCUAACAUUUCCGAGGAACUAGAUGAGGAACUAGAAGACAUGUUGAUUGAGCAUGAAACUGAAGAAUUGGAGGCGUUGGAUCAAAUGAAUUCCAAAGUGCAUGAACGAGGGUUGGCAACAAUGUUAUUGCCGAGUGCUUAUUAUGAACCAGAAAAGGCACAAGAUUUAGCUGCUCUUUGGUUAACUGAGCAGAGAGAAUUAGAAAAUGAAAGUGAAAGUGAAAGUGAAAGUGAAGAGGAGGAUGUGGACAAUACACUGGAGCUUAACCAACAGGUCGCCCCUGAGCAAAUUCAAUCCAAUGUGGCUGAAGCGGAUACUCAAAUCAGUUUAGAGUUGAUAGAUCCAGAACUCACAAAUAGAACCCCAUCGGUUGCUCCGGAAGACGUUCCAAUUGAGGUACAAUAUACUUGCCAAGAGCCAUCUACGCAGGAACCACCCCCUGCAGAGCUACCUAAUCAAGAGCCAGCUGCGGAAGAACCACCUACUAAAAAACGCAAAAUCUCACCAUCGACAAUUCAUCGCUUGGUUGUCGACAGUUACACAUACACAUACGCCAAUUAUGACAAAAAUUCAUAG